AUGGAAGGUCCAAUCCAGGCAGCGCUCUCGGCAACCCAAAGCACAGUAUCAAGCACAGCCCCAGCACCCCCAGAGCGCCAACGCAGAGGAGAGCUGGUAAAGAUGUUCAGCGAACCAGAAAAAUUACUUCGGAAGCCAGUUAGCAAGCGAUCACUGGAAGCAGGCACUCAGCCGGAACCAGUUCAGACCAGGGAGCCCCAGCUUCCUCCACCGCUCCCUGAGAUCACUAUGGACGAAGGGGGCGACAACAUCAUAUUAAACAGCGAAGCGAGCUUCCGGGAACUACAGCCGGAACAGCCCUCAGAGACAGGCUUUCUUACCCUUCUGAACCAAUUCACUAAUACCCCAAGGACAGGAGACAAUCUGGUGCCAAUUGGCCCCCCGCGAAGCUCGCCACAGAGAUCACUUAUCCAAUCAAAGCCGGAACCACCCAUGGAAAGCGAAAUCGACAGUAACUCAAGCUUAUCAAGCCUCUCCGAUGCCGACGACGAGGCGGACGAUCCGAUGGACGUGACAUUCGUCCCCCGAGCACGCACUAAGACCCCUCCUAAGCACUUUUCUAAAUGGAGGGCUUCCAAUUGA